GGCUUGGGGGUAUCAGAGCCAGGAUUGGGGGGAGCUGGUCCCACGUGCCUGUGACGCGGGGGCGCCGGGUAGGCGGCUGCGGCUGCAACGCGGGGCUGGCGGCCGUGCCGUGCCGGAAGGGCGGCUGGGCAGGCGGCAAGAUGCUGCGCACCGCUCUGCCCCUGCUUGGGCUGCCCCUGGCUGAGACCGAGGCAGCUGGAGAACCCACCAAGGAGCCAGGGGCGCCGGGCGAGCCUCCCCCGGGCUUGGCGCUCUUCCGUUGGCAGUGGCACGAGGUGGAGGCGCCCUACCUGGUGGCCCUGUGGAUCCUGGUGGCCAGCCUAGCCAAGAUCGUGUUUCACCUAUCCCGGAAGGUGACAUCUCUGGUUCCUGAGAGCUGCCUGCUGAUUUUGCUGGGCCUGGUGCUAGGGGGCAUUGUCUUGGCCGUGGCCAAGAAAGCUGAGUACCAGCUGGAGCCUGGCACCUUCUUCCUCUUCCUGCUGCCUCCUAUCGUGCUGGACUCCGGCUAUUUCAUGCCCAGCCGGCUGUUCUUUGACAACUUGGGUGCCAUUCUUACCUAUGCUGUGGUGGGCACACUCUGGAAUGCUUUCACAACAGGAGCCGCCCUCUGGGGCCUGCAGCAGGUUGGACUUGUGGCCCCUAGGGUGCAGGCUGGCUUGCUGGACUUUCUGCUGUUUGGGAGCCUCAUCUCAGCGGUGGAUCCUGUGGCCGUGCUGGCUGUCUUUGAGGAGGUGCACGUCAAUGAGACCCUCUUCAUCAUUGUCUUUGGCGAGUCCCUGCUCAAUGAUGCAGUCACUGUGGUGCUGUACAAGGUCUGCAACUCCUUUGUGGAGAUGGGCUCAGCCAACGUGCAGGCCACUGACUACCUGAAGGGAAUUGCCUCCCUGUUUGUGGUCAGUCUGGGCGGGGCAGCCGUGGGCUUAGUCUUUGCCUUCCUCCUGGCCCUGACCACACGCUUCACCAAGCGGGUCCGCAUCAUCGAGCCACUGCUGGUCUUCCUCCUCGCCUAUGCAGCCUACCUCACUGCUGAAAUGGCCUCCCUCUCUGCCAUUAUUGCGGUGACCAUGUGUGGCCUGGGCUGUAAGAAGUAUGUGGAGGCCAACAUCUCCCAUAAGUCGCGCACAGCUGUCAAGUACACGAUGAAGACUCUAGCCAGCUGCGCUGAGACUGUCAUCUUCAUGCUGCUCGGCAUCUCGGCUGUGGACUCUUCUAAGUGGGCCUGGGACUCUGGGCUGGUGCUGGGCACCCUCAUCUUCAUCCUGUUCUUCCGAGCCCUCGGCGUAGUCCUGCAGACGUGGGUGCUGAAUCAGUUCCGGCUGGUUCCUCUGGACAAGAUUGACCAGGUGGUGAUGUCUUAUGGGGGCCUGCGGGGGGCUGUGGCCUUUGCUCUCGUCAUCCUACUGGACAGGACCAAGGUCCCUGCCAAGGACUACUUUGUGGCCACCACUAUUGUGGUGGUCUUCUUCACGGUCAUCAUACAGGGCUUGACCAUCAAGCCGCUGGUCAAGUGGCUGAAGGUGAAGAGGAGUGAGCAUCACAAACCUACCCUGAACCAGGAGCUGCAUGAGCACACUUUUGACCACAUUCUGGCUGCAGUGGAGGACGUUGUGGGGCACCAUGGCUAUCACUACUGGAGGGACAGGUGGGAGCAGUUUGACAAGAAGUACCUGAGUCAGCUGCUGAUGCGGCGGUCAGCAUACCGCAUCCGGGACCAGAUCUGGGAUGUGUACUACAGACUCAACAUCAGGGAUGCCAUCAGCUUUGUAGACCAGGGAGGCCACGUCUUAUCUUCCACAGGGCUCACUCUGCCCUCGAUGCCCAGUCGCAAUUCUGUGGCAGAAACUUCUGUCACCAACCUGCUGAGGGAGAGUGGCAGUGGAGCAUGUCUGGAUCUGCAGGUGAUUGACACGGUGCGCAGUGGUCGGGACCGUGAGGACGCUGUGAUGCAUCACUUGCUCUGCGGAGGCCUCUACAAGCCGCGCCGCAGGUACAAAGCAAGCUGCAGCCGCCACUUUAUCUCAGAGGAUGCUCAGGAACGCCAGGACAAAGAAGUCUUCCAGCAGAACAUGAAGCGGCGGCUGGAAUCCUUCAAGUCCACUAAGCACAACAUCUGCUUCACCAAGAACAAGCCGCGACUCCGCAAGCCUGGCCACAAGAAGGAUGGUGUGGCUAACACUGAGACUACAAAUGGGAAACCUCCUCGAGACCUGGGCUUUCAGGACACAGCUGCUGUGAUAGUAACCUUGGAGUCUGAGGAGGAGGAGGAGGAGAGCGACAGUUCAGAGACAGAGAAGGAGGAUGAUGAAGGGAUCAUCUUUGUGGCUCGGGCCACCAGCGAGGUUCUCCAGGAGGGCAAGGUCUCAGGGAACCUCGAAGUAUGCCCAAGCCCACGCGUCAUUCCCCCCUCUCCAACCUGUGCGGAGAAACAGCUCCCUUGGAAAAGUGGGCAGGGGGACCUGGCAGUGUACGUGUCUUCGGAGACCACCAAGAUCGUGCCUGUGGACAUGCAGACAGGCUGGAACCAGAGCAUCUCAUCCCUGGAGAGCCUGGCCUCCCCGCCCUGUACCCAGGCCCCGACUAUGACCCACCUGCCGCCCCGCCCUCUGGCCGCUGAAGAGCCCCAGGCCCCUCUCGCCCUGCCUUCUGAUCCCCUCUUGAGCUUCGCAUUCCCCCCGAGCCUGGCCAAGGCUGGCCGCUCUCGCAGCGAGAGCAGUGCUGACAUCCCCCAGCAGCAGGAGCUGCAGCCCCUCAUGGGUCAGAAGGACCAUACCCAUCUCAGCCCUCGUGCUGCCAACCCCCGCUGGUGCAUCCAGUUUAACAAAGGGGGCCAGCUGUAGCCAAGGAUUCGGCGGGGGACAUGUUCCCUGUGCAGUGGGCAGAGAAGCCCACUCAGCCUGACGUGGGGCCAGUGGGGCCUGGACUGAAGUAGCAACUGGGCGCCAGCUCCCUUAGGGCAGGUCAGAGGAGUCUCCUGGGCUGGUCCUCAUGGGUCCCCUCUCACCACCCUUGCUGCUCCUAACCCCUGCCACCUUUCCUUUCAGUAAGGCCCCUCCCCUGGCUCAGGACCCAGUUCAGAGCUUCUGGGGGUAGGCCUGAGACUUGAGUAGCUGAUACCCCUUCCCCAGUGGGUCUUCCUAUGGUCACUCUGGGCAGCUGCUGCCCCCAAAGCAAAGGCAUCAUUACUCAGCUGACAUUGCCUGUCCUGCCCUACACCCGCUCCCCAGCACUAGCUCAGGGACAGUGCCCUGGCAGUGAGGGUCAGAGAGGCGUGGGCCUGGUAGUCCUCAGAGGGAUUGGGAUGGGAGGUAGAGCAGGUCUUAACCUUAGAUCAGCUGCCCAUAGCUGUUUUUUUUUAAUUUAGGGCAGUGGGGGAAUCUCUGUCCCCUCCCUUUGCUGCCAAGUAUUGGGAUGAUGGGUCCUCCUUUUCUAGGACCAAGGCCACAGAGCUAGGCCAGGCUUCAGAUCAGGGCUGCUUCUUAGCCAGGGUCACUCUGAGGAUCUGCUGCUCUGGGUCCAAGUCUGGACCUUUUUGAUUCUUGGGUCUGGGUUUUCUGGGGAGGGGAGACAAAAGCCUCUGGGCUCCCAUGUCAUCACCUCCACAUUCCCAAAACAGGAAAGGACCCAGGUAUCCCAGGGCCACUGAUCCACUACUCUGGGGGCUGGGAUCCUGGCUGUAGUGGUAAGUGGCUAACUGGGUGAUAGGUGACUUUCCUGGGGUUAGCACCUGCCCUGUGUUUUGUACCUUGAGCCUAAGAUACAUUAAACAUCUCCCAGGUG